GGUAUUCGCUCAUGUUCGCGCUGCUUGUGUUCACGCGUGAGAUCAUCAUCGACAGAGACUCAGACAUCAGGAAACAUCAGCAGCUCUUCAGUUCCUCUCGCAUUAACAGAGAAUGUCAGACAUUGAGGACUCGGAUCUGGAGGAGGAGGGAGUAGAUGUUGUGCGUCACAAAACCAAGAUUAUCUAUCAGAACCAGUUCCCGUUCAUUCACAUGGAGCCGCCUGACGUCAUAUAUGAGCGGUGGGUGAAGAUAAAGCCGGAGGUGAAGAGGCUGGUGGGUCACCUGAUGCACGUGUCCGUGUUCUGGUGGCAUAUUCUCCUCCGACAGCAGGAGAACCACCCCACCACCUUCUGGGCCGUCGAGAUGGGCUUCCUGGACUCCAAUGUGUCGAAUGAUCUGAGUCUGAAGAGGCUGGAGAAGAUCGAGAUCUUGGAGAGUAUCCUGGAGGCGAUGGAGCAAGGCCUGUCUCACAGGGACAUGGAGAGGAAAGCCCGAGCCGUGGUGUCGCUGAGCAGACUCUUCUCCUUGCAGGAGGACUGUCUGGCGAAGGCGAUCGCGUGGCUGCUGGACUCUGGAGUUCCUGGUGUUCGGCAGAAGCUGCUGGAUCUCGGCUCAGUGGAGAUUCGCUACCGCACGCUGCGCUUCGUCUUCAACGAGUAUGCGCGUUAUCUUCAGGUGGUGUCGUGCAGUAAGAAGAAGGCCAUCGCCGAGCUCAAGUACGAGCCGGACGCCUGGACUCUGUCGAAAAGCGACGAUAUGAAAAACAAAGGAAAUGAGCAGUUCCAGAAAAAGAAAUAUGACUUGGCUCUAAAGUCUUACACUAGAGCCAUUAAAUACCACCCUAAUAACCACAUCCUGUACGGGAACCGGGCGCUCUGCUUGAUCCGCUCUGAGAAAUAUCUGAAAGCACUCGGCGAUGGAAAGAGAGCCAUUAUUCUGCAGCCAGACUGGGCCAAGGGUCAUUACCGCUUCUGUGACGCUCUGUUCUACCUGGGCGAGCACCAGAAGGCCGUGUUGGCCAACCGCGAGGCUCAGGUGGCGUGCGGCCACGACCCCGACGGGCUCAAAGACCUGCACCAGCAGUGCGAGCGCUUCCACAGCGAGCUGCAGGAGAGCGCCGGCAUGAAGACCAACAAGACUGAAACUAAAAGGAUUUCUUCUAAAACCAGAGCGCAUGCGGGCGAUUCCUCAUCUCAGCAUCAGAGAUCCACUCGCCAGCCUGAAGCGGCGUCUCGGUCCUCCAGCCUGGAGAGUGCGCAGAGCUCUGAGAACGGCAGACCCCGCGGGAACGCUGCAGGGAACUCUGGAGCUCGAGCCCAUCCUGAAGAACGAGCUGACAGACUCACAGACAUGAAGAGGUAAUAAACCGGGUUAUUG